AUGUGGCCGGAUAUAGGGGAUGAAAUUUGUAGAGCUGUUCUCCAAUUUUUUGAGACAGGUUUUAUUCCAGAGGAAUUGCUGAAUACCUCAUUGUCUCUGAUUCCUAAAGUUGACACUCCUAAUCGGGCUGUGGAUUUUAGACCUAUUGCGUAUUGCUCUACUUUGUAUAAAUUUGUUUCAAAGUUUCUUUGCUCUCGGUUAGCCAAAGUUCUCCCUUUUUUAGUUCAUCCUAAUCAGGGAGCGUUUAUACAAGGUAGAUCAAUAGCCCAUAAUGUUCUCAUUUGUCAAGAUAUCAUCAAGCAUUACAGAAGAUCGUCCAUUUCACCACGGUGUGCAAUUAAAGUUGACAUAAGCAAAGCUUACGAUACAAUAGAUUGGAGAUUUAUUGAGGAUCUCCUGAAGGCGUUAUGCUUCCCUUCUAGAUUUAUUGGCUGGAUAAUGACCUGGGAUUUGUCAUCAGUUAAAAUCAUUAAGAGUGUGAUGGGGGAGUUUAGUUCUGUGACUGGGCUUCAGAUUAAUGAGAGCAAAUCUCAGGUCUUUUAUGGGGGAAUUUCAGCAGCAGACGAGUGCUUUUGCAGAAUGCAACUAAUUCAUUCUGUUCUGUUUCGUUUGAGGAAUUAUUGGAUGAGCAUUUUUAUUCUGCCUCAAAGUGUAAUCAAGGAAAUUGAGAGGCUCUGCAGUGGCUUUCUUUGGGGUCUUAAUGGUAAUAGGUGCAAGAUUCAUAUGGCUUCUUGGGACAAAGUCUAUUUGCCUGAGGCUUUUGGGGGGCUCGGAUUCAGAAAUGGCCAGAGAAGGAAUCAUGCUAUUUUAGCUAAGUAUAUUUGGGCUAUUUCCGAAAAGCAUGAUGUGUUGUGGGUUAUAAACUCUCAGUUGCUGACUUAUGAUAAUUUGUUGAGGUUCAGAGUUCCUCUUGAUUCUGAUAGUGCCCAGUCUGUGUGUACUGCAUUUGGAGGAAUUGCAAUGGCUGUGUAUUUGAUCAUUGUUCUCGGACUGCUUCUACUUACUGUCUUGUGUCUUUUGAGGCUUGCUGUUGUUAGCCUUUGGUUGUUUGAGCUGUUAAAGUCUGUUUUCUUGGUUGUUUGA